AGUGGGCUGGUCCAGCACGGGGACACAGCAAGCAAUAUGACUAAAAAGAAGCGGGAGAAUCUUGGCGUCGCUCGGGAGAUUGACGGGCUGGAGGAAAAGUUGUCUCAGUGUCGGAAGGACCUGGAGGCCGUGACCUCCCAGCUCCACAGGGCAGAGCUGAGUCCUGAGGACCGGAGGUCUCUGGAGAAGGAGAAAAACGCCCUCAUGAACAAAGCCUCGAAAUAUGAGAAGGAGCUAAAGCUGCUUCGACAAGAGAACCAGAAGAACAUGCUACUCUCGGUGGCCAUCUUCAUAGUCUUCGCCCUGCUCUAUGCUUACUGGACUAUGUGAGUCAACCAUCCUCAGCCAAGCAGGCUCCCUUCUACUCCCUACCCAGGGACGGAGCAGCCUUUCAAGCUCAUGACAGAGCUGGAGGCCUUCCCCUUGGUUCCCAGCAGCUGUGGCAGAAGGGCAUGGCACUCCUCCUUACUGCUUAGGAGAGAGAGAGAGAGAGAGAGAGAAGGGCAAUAAAGAGCCCAAGGCCCUGCUGUCUACUGAGUAAAUAAAUACUUCCUGCUGACUAGGCGAGGGUUAGCAAGGGAGGCACUCUAGUCUCAAAGAUGAAGGGAUGUUCCAAAAUUUUUGUGUACAAUUCAGGAGGGAGGGAGCCGUGCAGCUGUGAGGGCAGGAGCCAAGCCACCUGCAGCUCCAGCCCCAUGCCCUGGGCCUGUGAUUCCCACUGAAGAAAAUGCAGCACGGGAAAGGUGAUAUGGGCUUGAAGUGGAGGUUCAGGGUCAUGUGGAAUGAUCUCCUCUUCCAGAGAGAGACAGGCAGGCAGGGCCAGGGAGGCCUGCAGGUACUAGUGCCAGCAAGAGCUAUGGCAAUGACCAGACUGACGUGUGGUGACAACAGCCAGUGAAUAGGAUGGGACU